CCAAGUCCCACCCCCAAAAGUUCCUGAACUUUGAAAAUGAAAAGAAUUUUUACCCAGAACUUCAUUUAGACCCUAUUCCCUGUGAUUGAAUCACCACCCCAAAGUCCCUAGUUCCUGGGGAAAGUUCCUGCAGAAAUGCGGCUUAAGCAAUUCCUACCCUACCAGUUUCGGGACGGGCAUGGCAGCAGGCUCUGGCUCUGGGAUGGACUAUUCUACAGGCUCUAGAUCUGGCUUAGAGUUUAUGGUGGGCUUCAGCUUGGAGUCCGUGGCGGGUUCUCACUCAGACUCAGGGUCCGUGGUGGCUGGUAUUACCUCUGGGGUUGGGGCGCUCUCUGGAGGAACUGGACCUGGAAUGAGGGGAAUGGUCAUGAAGGUGGUGGAGUAUAGGAGGAACCAGCCAGCCAGCCACAUUGCAUACUCAAUGUACUGGAGAAUCGGCCAACUGGAGUUCACUAUAUGGACUGCAGGAGGUGGUUAUCGAGCCCACUCCAACAGCAUGUACUUAUCCAGAGGAACUGAUGACACAGAUCUAUGAAGUCCCCCACAAAAUCGGUGACCCCCUUGAUACAGGGACAUGAGUUGGUUCUCUGGGUGGAGGAAGGCAGCUGCUUGGCCCAUAUUGUGGUCUUUUAUUCUUCUGUCAUGUUUGACACAAGGAUGAGCAGAGGCGAGGAUUUUUGCAGCAGUUUCAGAAACAAGAUAAUUCAGCGGAUGACAAAGAACACAGAAGUACUAAAUGCAGAACAUCCAAACACAUAUGAUAACCAAAAAUGAGUGCACAACUGAGAAGGGUAUAAAUAUACAGGGUUAUAAUGGUGGGAUGUCCCUAUAAGCUUUACAUACUGCUAGUUUUGUCUGGUAUUUUUUUCGGGUAUUACAUGCACUCACAAAGUUUGCAUACUCUGCAGUGUGCACAAUAGCCUAUAAUAUACACUGCAAGUGAUGCUAUUCUAAUCAUAGCCACAGACCCAAGUGUUUAUAGUCUGUUAGCAAUUAGUGCAAUGCUCAAAACAAGUGAACCGGUACUGCUCAUAAAAUCCUCAUUAAAGACACAGAACAUCCCAACUAAGAAUAAAGGAUAUUAAUACUAUUCUCUCACAUUUGGGCACAUGUUUGUUUUAUUAAUAGAAUGUAGCUUUGAUUAGGUCUAAAAUGAAGAUGCAAUUUAAACAUGCUAAUUAAAUUUAAGCAGUAUUAUGAAUGUUUUUACAUAAUUUAUGACCUCUACGUUGUGGCUGUUCAGAUCUUGUUUGGAUUAGAAAGUGGUUUGAGGUUUGCUAAGAGACAGCACUGAGGAGCCAGAGAAAACCUGAGCUCUGUUCAUCAUGUCAGUUCACGUGUGUACGAUUUUGUACAGAAAUCUUCAGAUUCUCUUUCACACACACUCUCGUAUACAGAGCCCACAGCAUUCAACACGAGUCGAACACCGUAUGACUAAAAAACCUUAUAAACAUGCCAUGAUAUCUCGCUUUCUAUGGUUCUUUAAGGGUAUCGAAAUAACUAUAUAUUUGUGUGUAGACCUCAGACAUAGACCUUUUGUUUUAGCAUGAGUUCUGAUCUAAUAAAUGUGCACAUGCAUGUGAUGAGCAUCUGACCCAGAAUAAAUGGUGCUAUCUGGAGAAAUUGUGGAUGAAAAAUGGAAAACAAGGAUUUCAUGACUGUUAAUUGGAUGCAAGCUUUGACUACAUCCUGUCCUGGAACUCCCAGACGGCUUGAUAAGAGGUGGUUUAUUAUACCUAUGUGACUGUCCUCACUUCUUCUGUUUAUUGCAGAAACAAAAUGGCAACUUUAUUGUGUUUUACAUAUAUAUAUUGGCAAAGAUUACACUCAGAUGGCUCAAUGCAUAAAUCUUCAAUCUGUAAAUUAAUCAUACAUUGCACUCAUAAACCACUCUGUGGUGAUAAACUGAAGCUGUUACCAUGUGAGUGAAUCAACAGUGAGAUAUAUGGGAGCAAACAUCAUUUAGGUUUCAUGUGCAAUAACCAAACAAGGAUUUUGAUAUACACCACUGGGUAACCUCUGAACUUUCUCUCAGAAAAAUCCUAUUAAACUGCACAGCCACAAACCUACAGUUUUAAACAAAUAAUAUAAGAGUCAGUAGCUACCUGUCACCUAACAGCUAUUUAAAAGACCUUAAUAAUGUAACCCAGCAACCAAACACGCGUUACUCUUAUAAACACACUGAACUCCACGCCUCCUGAAACGUGAUUGGAUCUUUUCUGUACGGAAUCUAAUUAGGUUUGCGACCGCUUCAAUCUGAUUGGUAGGCUGUGCUGUCUUUUAAGUUUAUGGGCGUGGCAAUCUGUCCACGCAGUGUAGCGAGAGUUGAGGAGCUGCUGGAGUUUGCGUGCUCAAUCUGGAGAGAGGAGAACUGGAUUAAAACUUUGAAUUGUUGCUCUUAAAAAUAGCUCAUAGAAGCGGCUAUGUCCCAAACCCGUUCUGUCGCCGGGUUUUAUAUAUGGUAACCAAGGACAGAAUGGUGACUGUGCUGACAACAAGGCCAUAAGAGGCCUAACUGCCUUGAUCCAGAAUGGGAAACUCUGAGAGCCAGUAUAGCAUCCAGGGCUCUAGAAGCAAUAGCUUUAUCAUCCCUGGCAGACAGAAACCAUACUCAUUCAAGGCCAACUCUGCCAAAGAAGACAUUUUAUCACCUCUAGGCUUUUUGAAUGCUGGUUCAGGGUUUUCUGCAUUGAAGUCCAGAAACGUAGUUCGUGGCUCCUCCCCGUCAAAGAGCAGAAGCACCUUUAUGUCCCGCCAUUAUGAUUACAUCACCCAUAAACUAAAGAGUGGCGCCAACAGUCAGUGGAAUGGGGUUUCAGAGGACUUGUUGCCUGAUGGCUGCUUGACGUUGCCUUCUGAAAAUGGCUGCUUGUAUGGUGGUCACAAGGAGAAGAGAAAACCCUGUAAUAAUUAUGCCACAAUAAAGAUGCUUGAGAAAAGUCCCAGGUUUGAGGAUAUUGAGGACCAGAGCAGCCCCAGGGUUGUUAUCAAGAAAGACGGUAGUGUACGAGUAGAAUUUAACAACAGUCCAAACAGUGCCCUUAUUUUGGAUGAUAGCACUGGUCCAGUUCAGCUCCUCAAGUUUUCCCCCACCUUAGAGUCCAAUUCUAGCUUACCUGGUGUAACACCCUCAUUAGAAGCCCAUCUUGGAGCUGCUCAGGCAGUUUCCAGCUUCAAGAGCAGUAAAGGUAGCUCUGUGAGCUCAGAUGGCUCCUUGUACGACUUGCCCUGGGGAACCAGUGUCGAUCUUAACGAUUCAGACAAUUCAUCCCCUUACAGUCAAAGACAAAUUUCAACAAACGUUGGGUUUUUGGAUGAGCAGUUUCCUGUCAAUACUACAACCAACCUCUACAAGGAUCCCAGAAUUGCUGCCACCUUCUCUACGGUUAAGGAUUUGCAGUUUUCAAAUGGAAGCCAUUUAAAGCACAGAUCAUCCAUUGUGUCUGUGAUGGAGGAACACUGUUCAGAGGGCGGCCCAGAGGAAAAGCAAUAUUCCUCCUUCACCUUACCUUGUCGAAAACCUAAGCCUUUUGUAGACAAUAAUGGAACGAAAGUGUCCAUCAGGAACAGAUUUAGGCGCAUCAGUGACUGGACUGGAAGUUUGACCAGGAAAAAGAAUAAGUUUCAGGAGCCCAGAUAUAAUGAGGCCGUCGAUUGCUUUGACAGUGGUGUGGAUGGCCUCACUGCAGACACCAGCUCUCCCUCUCAGGUCUCGAGCCUUGUGCUCAAAACCCGCUCUCACUCUCUGUCACUAAAUACCUGCAGCGGCUCUGCUGGUGCCCUUCAUUCAGGUACUGAUGUUUUGCGACAAAACAUCUACAAGAACUUCAUGAGGGAGUUGAAGACUGGUCGGCCUCCAGCAGAAGGUGGACGAGAAGACUGGCGUGAGAGCUCCUCAGAGGAAACUGAGAGCAGUAGUCAGGAAGUCCUAGGGUCUCUGGAGCAGCUGGACUUGCUAUUUGAGAAAGAGCAAGGUGUAGUUAGGCGGGCCGGAUGGCUCUCCUUCAAGCCCUUACUCACUGUACACAAGGACCACAAACUAGAGCUAGUGGGCCGUCGAAAAUGGAAGCAAUUCUGGGUCACUCUAAAGGGUUGCACACUGCUGUUCUAUGAGACCUAUGGAAAAGCCUCUUCAGCCCCAGAGUCUCCAUGCUAUGCCUUGUUAGCAGAGGAUGGUGUAGUCCAGACUGUUCCUGAGCAUCCCAGGAAAGAGAACGUGUUCUGCCUCAGUAACACCUAUGGUGAUGUCUACCUAUUUCAGGCCUCCAACCAAACUGACCUGGAGAACUGGGUAACUGCCAUUCAUUCGGCUAGUGCGUCUUUGUUUGCGAAACGCUACGGGAAGGAGGACACACUGCGUUUGUUACGUGGACAGAUCCGUGGUCUUCUCCAGAAGAUUGACAUGGACGGCAAGAUGAGGAAAAUGGCAGAGCUGCAGUUGUCCAUCGUUGGUGACCCCAAAAAUAGAAAGGCUAUUGAAAACCAGAUCCAGCAGUGGGAACAGAAUCUUGAGCGCUUCAACAUGGACCUUUUCCGCAUGCGCUGCUACUUGGCCAGUCUGCAAGGCAGCGAGUUACCCAACCCCAAGAGCCUCCUCGCCACGGCCAGCCGCCCAACCAAAGCUGCACUCGCCCGUCUGGGAAUCUUCUCCGUCUCCUCCUUCCACGCACUGAUCUGUUCCAGAGACGAGGCCACGAUGCGAAAGCGUUCUCUGUCUCUCUCUCAGCGAGGUCGCAGUAAGAAAGGGGUCUUUUCAUCCCUCAAGGGCCUGGAUACUCUUACCAAGCGAGGACAUGAAAAAAAGCCUUCUGUCUCUCAGGAAUUCGUUGAUUUGAGCUGCUGUUCUUACAGUGGUCUUCCUCAGGUCUUUGACAGUGAUGGUGGAGGACAUCUCAGUACCAUUCCUCCUUGUAAUUUUAAGCGGUUGGGUAGUUUGGCUAAUGUUUACUCAAUCAUGCCACCUGAAGGCAGCCAGUGGGAUUGCAGCCAGGAAAACACAACAUGCGUCUAUAUGCCAAAUUACCAGAGUGUUAUGGUUCUUCUGAAAAGUCAUCACACUGUCAUGGAUGUCUUGGCUGAGACCUGCAGGCUCAUGGGCCUGGACCCCAGCCUGCACUGUUUAAGGCUGAGAAGAUGUGAUGGAGACAUGAUGGAGGUAUCGACACCUUCAGCUGUUGAGCUUCUGCAGAACUUGUCAUAUGACGAAUUGGAGGUCUGCCAACUGAACGUCUACACUCUGCACAUGUCUAGACCCAGUCUAACUGGUGACUUUGGCUUUGCUGUUACAGGCUAUGUAGACAACCUCAAAAACAGCCGUAUCGUUGUCAGUGAAGUUCUCCCUGAUGGGCUUGCUUUCAGCGAAGGUCUGAGGCCCGGUGACGAGAUCGUGGUUCUGAACGGUUGUGAGGUGUCUUCUCUGGACCUGGCUCUGAUACAGACUUUAUUCAACGAUCAGAGUCUGCAACUGACCGUGAAACGCCAUCCGCCCUCCAUUCGCCGCAGUUCAGACACUGUAAACAGAAAGUCUCUGCGUAGGGAUAACCUCCAAAACCACCAAAGAGCCAAGUCCUCAACAGAUGUGUCCUGUGUGACAGAACUCUUAGGCUUGGCUGUAGAUGAUGGUCUUCAGGAUCCAUUCAACAACCACCGAACAGUUCAGCACAGCAAGAGCGUGGACACAGUGUGUUCGCUGUACAACUCCUUCCAGGAAGGCUCUGGAGGUCUGAUGGAGGGCCAGGAGGAGCACACGGGGCCGGAGGUCCCCAUGCUCAGGCCCUGUCCGCGUCAUAUGUCUGCCACAGAGAGACUGCGCAAGGUCAUCCAGGAAUUAGUGGACACCGAGAAAUCCUACGUAAAGGACCUUAACUGCCUGUUUGAGAUUUACCUGAAGCCCCUACAAAAGGAGACCUUUCUCAGCCAAGACGAGAUGGAAAGUCUUUUUGGCAGCCUUCCAGAGAUGCUGGACUUCCAGAAAGUUUUCCUGCAGACCCUGGAGGAGAAGAUUAGUUCCUCCCCCAACUUCAACACGCUCGAGACCCCUGUGCAAUUCAAGAAGCUGCUCUUCUCACUGGGUGGUUCGUUUCUGUAUUAUGCAGAGCACUUCAAACUUUACAGCGGCUUUUGCGCCAACCACAUUAAAGUGCAGAAGGUUCUGGAACGAGCCAAAACAGAUCGAUCCUUUAAGGAGUUCCUCGAUGCAAAAAAUCCAACCAAGCAGCACUCAACCACACUGGAGUCUUACCUGAUCAAGCCGGUGCAAAGAGUGCUGAAGUACCCCCUGCUGCUCCGCGAGCUGGUGUCUCUCACGGACACGGACAGUGAGGAACACUACCACCUCACAGAGGCACUUAAGGAAAUGGAAAAAGUUGCGAGCCACAUCAAUGAGAUGCAGAAGAUCUAUGAGGACUAUGGUGCAGUAUUUGACCAGCUGGUAGCAGAGCAAAGUGGCUCUGAGAAAGAGGUCACAGAGAUUUCUAUGGGACAGUUCCUCAUGCAUUCCUCUGUGAUCUGGCUCAACCCGCUCCCGUCGCUGGGCCGUAUGAAAAAGGACCCUGAGCUGACUGUUUUUGUUUUUAAGAGAGCUGUGAUACUGCUGUACAGGGAGAACAGCAAAGUGAAAAAGAAGAUGCCAACUUCAAGAUCAGCCCAUGCAGAUCAGGAUCCAUUCAAGUUUCGCUGGCUCAUUCCCCUGUCAGCACUGCAGGUUAGACUGGGCAAUACUGCAGACACAGACUGCAUCUGGGAGCUGAUCCACACCAAAUCACAAAAAGAGGGCAGGCCGGAGACGGUGUUCCAGCUGUGCAGCAGCACUCCAGAGUGCAAAGUCAACAUCAUCCGGGUGAUGCGUUCCAUCCUGCGGGAAAACUUGCGUCGAAACAAGCAAAAAGUUGAGCAGCAGUCGGAGAGAGUCUGUAAAAAGCGUCUUAGUCCCCUUCGGAAAACUCUGCCAGCUUCUGCUAAGCUAGGUUCUUCUCGACCGUUUUUGCUCUCCAGACUGCCUUCAAAUGACAGUUCCAACCCCAACAAUGAUCCAUUGAGGCCAGACUCGGAUUCAGCCAGUGUAAGCAGUGGAACCACCAGCAGUGCCAGCGCUCCUCUGGAUCAGCUGUCACAGAGUGGCCUCAAAGAAUCCAACAUCAUCAGUGAUGAGGACGAGGAGAACAACGAUCAGCACGAGUGGCGAGGCAAUCCCAGUGCUAUCGAAGCCCAGUUCUGCAGGCUUCAGCUGACCGAGGAAGCCUCCCAGGCACCUGCUCCCUGUGUGCAGCCGGAGAGCGGAGAAGUGGACACUCCAGAAAGGCGGUCUUCUCUAAAGCGAGCUCACUUCGGCGCGGUCAAACGCAAGCCUGGCAGAGGCACGGGUAGCCUCAGACGCAGCCCGGCGGCCCUGCUGAACAUGCGUCGACACAGCCACUCAUUGGACAGCCAGACAGAGAUGAUGGCAAAUAAUGUUGACCUUAACUCACUACUGGAGAAGGAGUUCAGCGUGCAGAGCCUGACCUCUGUUGUCAACGAGGAUUUCUUCUAUGACAACACCACGGAGGCAAAGAACGCGGCAGCUUCAUAGGAUCACAUGGCCACCUCAGAACAAAGCUUAGCAUGGCUUCAACACCUAUAUGCUUGAUCUGGUGUGGAGCCACAUUAUCCCAUGCAGCCUUUCCAAAGCUAUCAGCCAAUUUAAGAAAGCAAGUGAAGGCCAGUCAAUGCAGAGUCUUAUUUCCAUCUUUUGUGGAACCACAGUUUGACAGACCUUUAAUAAGAUGGUGUUAAGCAUUGCGUCCUCCAUGAUCCACAGCACUAAUUUACUGAACUGCCCACAUAGCAACUGUUUUGCACCAGAGAACCAAAUUACUGGUCUUAGUUCCGCUGUGUAAGAAGGGCAAAGGCAUGUGUGUUUUCCCACACGUAUACAUAUUAAGAGCUACGAAACCGAAUUUUGUCAGGUUUUUAAUUUUGCCUUGUGUUUUGGACACUACAAAUAUUUCUUGCUUUAAAUAUAAGCAUUGCUUUUAUCAUGGAUUUGCUUUGUAUAAAACGUUUUAUUUAUUAGCAAGUUUUUAUAAAUAUUUCAUUUUAAUAGAAAUCCAAAAGUUUGGGUUGAGGAUUUGAUAAACCACCCAUGAUACUUUCUCCUUCGCUAUAACAAAGUGGUCAGCUGUAAACAUUCGAUCAGGAAUUUAAAUGUGCUAUGCUGGAAAUGUACCUCUGAAAUAAAGCCUGCAGUUGUCCUUUUUUUUAGAAUGUUCAAAUGUGUAAAUAUUAUUUUUUCAUGGAUUACUGUGACUUAAUUUUAAGAGUUUAUAUACGUUUGACACUUCACAGUCAAAAACUGUAAUAAAAGGUGUCUGAUUGUUGUUAUUGGAUUAUUUUUGUCCUAAUGACUUUCUGUAAUCUGCAAAAAAGCACAAACUUUGUUUUUCUGUUUGAUAAACAAAGUAAUAAAGUGCAUACAUUGAGAAAUGACACAAAUGAAUCACACUUUCAGCAUUCAAUUUGAACAUUAAAGGGUUAGUUCACCCAAAAA